AUGCCUUCCUACCCGUACCACCAGGUCCGGUUUAUGAACUCGAAACUGAAGGGCUCGAUCAACAUGGAGGAGUUUAUCAAUGAAAAUAUUCCUGAAUUUAGGGCGAAGGCAUGGUCGAUGGUGAACCCGUUUUUAUUCAACGGACAUUUGCAAACAAUGUUUGCCGGUAUAAGAAGAUUUCGAAAUGUCGAUGUCUUGUACUUUGCACGUCAGAUAAUGUAUGCUGAUGAUGGAGGGUGUGUGGCAUUGGAUCGUGUGGUAUCCAAAAAGACGUUCGAUGGAGUUGAUACCUCUAAGAUAGUUGUUCCUGAAAAUCAGCCUGAAGAAAUCGAUAAUUUCAUCAGGUACAUGUCCCCAAAAGAGAUUGCAGAUCAAGGCAGUACUGAUUCAAAUGCAAUUGUUAUUGCACUUACCGGGUUGUCAGGAUCUUCAGCCGAGUCUUAUAUCAGAUGUCUUUUCAGCAAACUCUCGGAGAACCCGGAUUUUGACCUUUACGUUAUGAAUUCCAGAGGUUGUGGUAAUGUCAAAAUCACCACACCAAGGCUAUUUUGUGCUUUAUGGACAGAAGAUAUUCGAGGUGUGAUCAAGUUUUUCAAAAAAAAGUAUCCAAACAGGAAGAUUUAUCUUUUUGGAAUAAGUUUGGGCUCCAUUGUGAUGUCUAAUUAUUUAGCCCAGGAAGGCGAAAAUUCCAAUGUUACCUUAGCUAUUGCGUUGGCAUCGAUCUGGGAUUUACGUGGCUCCUCUUACUUUCUUGAAAAUGGAUUUAUUUCUUCUUUGUUUUACUCAACAGCAAUGACAUUCCCAUUGAUGAUGUUACUGAAGUCUCAUUCAGACGAACUAUUGGUGAAUCCUAUCUUCAAGUCCCAAUACACGAAUCAAAUUAUAAGAAAGAUUUGGAAGUUGAAGAAGUUUGACGAUAUUUUCACCUCGAAAAUGUUUGGUUUUACAUGUGCAGAUGACUACUAUACCCAAGCGUCACCUAUCUAUAAAGUACAACAAAUUAGGACUCCAUUUGUUAACAUAAGUUCGUUGGAUGAUCCUAUCACGGGUGGAUUACAAGUAGGUGCACUACCACUAGACCAGGCAAAAUAUAACCCAUACAUGACAAUGAUCAACACGUCAUUGGGCGGACAUGUAGGAUAUUUCAAAUGGAACAAUACUCGCUGGUAUGCUGAACCAUUGGCGAGGUUAAUCACUGGUUUCCAUGAGAAUAUUGUAUCACCUUCAGGCUAUGAAGUCCAAGUGGACGAAAAAAAUCUUCCCAAACCAGUACUCAUCAAUGGCCAGCUUCCGGUUCUUCACAAAAGUAAGUAA